AUACAUACAGGGACAUUUUUAUGAAUAUUUCAGGGAAUAACUAAUUAUAAAUCGUAUUGAAAUGUCACACAUCACUUCAACUGAAGUAGGCUGCUCUUUCUUAUCUACUUUAUUAUAAUCAUGAAAGGACCUUUAUUCUUCUUGGUGUAGUUUAUAUGACAAUAUUUGUCAUCAAUGUUGACAAAUACACCAACAUUUUGCGGAUCGAAUGCUCGAGCAAAUAUCUUUUGAAGAGGUGUACAAACUCCAUUGAAAGUGUUUUCGUCGAUAAAACGUUGUGCUGUCAAUUUUAAAUGAGAAAUUAACGAAGCGCCAGGACGGUUCUAUUUGUGCUUAAUUGAUUAAAUUUAGAUAUCAGUAGUGGUGAUUGAACGUAUCGUAGUAACAGAAUCUGGCGGAUAGUUAUUUAUCAUCAUGUUACCAUCUGUUAGGAUAAUAUUAUUCUUAGCUUCAUAUAUGCGACAUUAAAUAAUUAGAGUAGGAACUAGAAUACUUGAUUUCUCAUUACACUAUGGUUUUUAAAUGUGGUAGACUAAGUGGCACCAACGGAAUAAUAUUGAGGAAUUUUUGAACAGCUUCAUGUGAUAAAUAUGCUUUUACCGGAAUGACAACAACGACUGAUUCAACAAUUGAGAUCGUUAAACCGAUCGAGUUUGGAGCGAUAAAUUACGUACUGACGUUUUUAAGUGGGAUUCUAGGUGUGGCAUUCCUUAUUGGUGUCGUUGCACUUAUCUAUAAGGAAUAUUUACGUUCUGUUGAGGCUAGAGUAGCGGACUUUAAACAAAAGUUGAACAUCAGACGUAAAGGUUUUAGUGGUAAAUCUAUGCAAAAUGGAACAUCAAGUGAAAGUAUCACAACGUCAGAGGCAACGUCAUAUAUACAACUUACAGAGACGCCGACGUCAAUACGAUGUAACUCAGCAUGGACGCCAAGUCCGGUGACAAGGAAUUCUUUCAGCGAAACACCGAACUCAGCAGACUUUAAUUUCUAGCAAUCGGGUUUAAGUUCAAAUUCGGUGGUCAAAUAUAUUAGUUAAAACAUUAUUAUUUUUAAUAUGUUAUAUAUAAAGUAUUUACAUUUAAACUGUGUUUAAAGAAGUGAUCAUUCAAAAAUAUACACUCCCAUAUUCAAGGAUGAAAGCCAAACAUUGCUGUCAGACAAUACUGAAUUUUAUGCAUAGGUAGCUAAAUUUUUGUGUGACGUAUUAUGCAAAAAUGUAUCCACAUGCAAAAAUAUUUAUGGCAUAGUAGAGUUCUGAAGUAUAUUAUUGGGGAGUAAACUAUAAACUUGUUUAUUGUCUGAAGUUUUAUAAUGUUUUUCAUACAGACUGACAUGAACAGUAUGCAACAUUGUUAAGCGCCUAAUACCUCAUUUUGUUCUAGUGCCAUUUGAUUUUAUUGUCAAUAUUUGAAAUGUUUUUGAAAGUGAUAUAUAAGGGAUAGACACGCAGUGACAACAUGAUGACAGUGAACAAUGUCUGAUUGAUAGUUCAUUGAGUAAAAUAUAUUAAACGUUAAAAUGAG